AUGCCUCGUUGUUCCCAGUCUCGGGCGGGUCUCUGCUGUUUGGUCAGGGUCCUGGGCAGAGCCAUGGAAGGAUCUCUCGGGGAGGCAUUGGUAGCGGCGGCCGGCGACAGCGGCGGGGCACCAAGGGGCCCCGAGGCUCCUGCCCCGCAGAAAAGCGGAGCAGACAGCUGCACCAAAGGGCAGGGGAGAGACUCUGGCACAGAAAGCAAAGCGGCCGCCCAGAUGCAGCCCUUGGCAUAUAAUGCAGGAUAUUCGCAGCAACAGCAGCAGCAGCAGCAGCAGCAUCCUGAGGACCGUCACGAUGGCACCAGCAAUGGGACUGCCCGGUUACCCCAGUUGGGGACUGUUGGUCAGUCACCUUACACGAGUGCCCCUCCACUCUCCCACACGCCCAACGCAGACUUCCAGCCUCCUUACUUUCCCCCUCCCUACCAGCCCAUCUACCCCCAGUCUCAAGAUCCUUAUUCCCACGUUAAUGAUCCUUAUAGCCUGAACCCCCUUCACGCCCAACCUCAGCCACAGCACCCAGGCUGGCCGGGACAGAGACAAAGCCAGGAAGCUGGGCUAUUACACACACACCGGGGGUUACCCCAUCAGUUAUCGGGCUUGGACCCUCGAAGGGAUUAUCGGCGACAUGAGGAUCUACUGCACGGACCCCAUGGGCUGAGCUCAGGACUAGGAGACAUUCCGAUCCAUUCAAUACCUCAUGCUAUAGAAGAUGUACCGCAUGUAGAAGACCCCGGUAUUAACAUCCCAGAUCAAACUGUAAUUAAGAAAGGCCCAGUGUCCCUGUCCAAGUCCAACAGCAACGCCGUCUCCGCCAUCCCCAUUAACAAGGACAACCUCUUCGGCGGCGUCGUGAACCCCAACGAGGUCUUCUGUUCAGUUCCGGGUCGCCUCUCGCUCCUCAGCUCCACCUCGAAGUACAAGGUCACGGUGGCGGAAGUACAACGGCGCCUCUCGCCUCCUGAGUGUCUCAACGCAUCGUUGUUGGGCGGAGUGCUUCGGAGGGCAAAGUCUAAAAAUGGGGGAAGAUCUUUAAGAGAAAAAUUGGACAAAAUAGGAUUAAACCUUCCUGCAGGAAGACGUAAGGCAGCGAACGUUACCCUGCUUACAUCACUAGUAGAAGGAGAAGCAGUGCACCUAGCCAGGGAUUUUGGGUACGUGUGUGAAACUGAAUUCCCUGCCAAAGCAGUAGCUGAAUUUCUCAACCGACAACAUUCCGAUCCCAAUGAGCAAGUGACAAGAAAAAACAUGCUUCUAGCUACAAAACAGAUCUGUAAAGAGUUCACCGACCUGCUGGCUCAGGACCGAUCUCCCCUGGGGAACUCAAGGCCCAAUCCUAUCUUAGAGCCAGGCAUUCAGAGCUGCCUGACCCACUUCAACCUCAUCUCUCAUGGCUUCGGCAGCCCGGCAGUGUGUGCAGCAGUCACUGCCCUGCAGAACUAUCUCACCGAGGCACUCAAGGCCAUGGACAAAAUGUACCUCAGCAACAAUCCCAACAGCCACACAGACAACAGCGCCAAAAGUGGUGACAAAGAGGAGAAACACCGAAAGUGA